UUGUCUGUUGGUACAGAAUCGUGCGCUUACGUAUUUUUUUUCCAGAAGUCUAGAAAGAGUUAUUAUGCUGUAUUGUGCGAACGUGCAUUGGAAUUACACGAAAGUGAGAAGACGUACCGAAAACGAAAAUCUGCACGUCAUCUCAUUGAUCUCUCUAUAGCAUUCAAUCUUCAUAACGAACAUUUCGAUCCGAAACUCAAAAGAUGUGUGUGCUUGAUGGGACCCGAUGAGACGUUGUGUUUGAAAGUAGAUGACGUCGGCAAAGGUGGUGAUGAAGGCCGACAAAACACGGAAUGGUACAAUGCGAUUAUGUCGGCUCUCAUUCCUUCAAGAGUUCUACGCUUGGGAAGACCUAUCCAGCCGCAGGAAUUUUUCGAGUGCGCAUGGGACGUCGAAGUGGUCAACGCGCCGAAAUUGAAAAGACCUUCUGCUCGAAGUGAAGAAGCGCUGCAGAACAUAUGUGUUCGACUGCCAGAAAUUGCGGGUCCUAAGAGGUUGUGUUUCUACGCUCAUACCAUCGUUCUCUGCAAACGCCGCAUUGAGCCAGCCAUAUGUGGUAUGCCAUCGUCAGGAAUUCCACCUUUUCACACUGACGACUUCAUUGAGAUUCCGCGCAAAUGUGUAGCAUUCUUUGGUUGCCAAGAACGCUAUUUCCUGAUGAGGCUUGGAAGAGGUGCACCCAUGGGUGCAAGCGAGUUAUGGGCACAGUGUGACAGUGAAGAAGUUGCUCAUGAUAUCCAUAAUAAGUUGAACGCUAUCAUUGAAAGGGAAUCUGAGAAGAAGAAAAAGAUGAACAACGGGAUCGUUAUGCCGCCUGGACUGCUUUCGAUAAGAUCACACCACAGCCAUCGUGAGCGUUCUCAUACACAGCCACUGAGGCAGCGGACAUCAUCUUUCCUCAAUGGGCGUGCAGGAUCAUCAGCGUCGACAACUAGUGCAGCUAGCGGCCGUAAGCAUUCAACGCCAACAGGACCGGGAUCUGCCCCACUUGGAUCUCGAGCAUUCUCCAUAUCACAGUCGCAGUCUGGAAACACCUCGCGUGGCAGUAGCCUUAUGAGCAUUUUUCCUACUCAGGCUUCAACUAAAACACCUCAUGAGGAAGAUGGCGUCUACCAGGCAAUGACGGCUCCUACUAAAAUGCGCUCAUCACCGUCUACCUCCACUACUGAUGACACUGAGAACAGCGGCGGUACAAUACGCAUUGACCAAGCAGAUGAAACAAGAUCGUUGGAUAUGUCAGUAAUGCAAAGAAGUCACGCAGAACCACGAAUCAAACGGCAGUCAUCAGAGACUAUUCCGUAUCGGCUACAAGAGGAUCGCUGCUCGUUGGGAGGUAAUGCUACAUCCGGAGGUCUAUCAAUGGAAGCAAUCAGUGAUCAAAAUGCAAAUGCACAAUAUAAACAAGACGAUGGAUAUACUCCGAUGCACGCUGCUGAGUGGACGGCUGGUGGAAGCAACAGUCUCCUCAUUGUACCAGCAUAUGAGCGAUAUAAACUCGAAGAAGUCCGCUCAUAUGUAUCGGAUAGUAGUGAUAGUUGCUAUUCAUCGAUGGCUGCGAAUGGUUGCUCGAAUUCACAAGCUGCUUCAGCAGCUUCUGCGAACCCUCCUCGAGCAUAUUCGUUUGCUGGUCGCUGCAAUCUCCGCUCAACUGGAGUACAAAGUGGUACCGCGGAAAAUGUUGAUCUUCGAGGUGACAAUUCUACUGGAGCGCUUAUUCCUCCUCAAGAAGAUCCGCGGAAAAGAGCGUUCUCUUUGGGUAGCAAGACACUUUUCCCGAGACCUUUCCGUAAGAUCUCGCAGCAUGCCUCAAGACAACAACGUCUGUCUCAAACAUCCGCCUCCGGUGCAUCUUUAGCUUCGUCCGAAGUCUCGUCUUCAUUUGGACCGUCGUCAUGUAGUUCGAACCACUUGACAAGUUUUAAUUGUUCUGAGAAGGAAGAAUACACAAGAAAUCGUUCUGGCAGUUUUGGUUCUGGGCGUAGUACUCCUUACAAUCGAAAAGGUGGGUCUUCAUCAACGCGUGACGGUGCAGACCAUUUUGUUGAGAUGGAUUUCGGUAAUGCGAUUGGACGAUCUGGAAGUGGUUCUGUUGGUAGCGUUGAUAGUCCUAACAGGUCUCGAACGUCGUCUUUCGGAUGCAGUGCUCGUAAAGAUGCGGAGAUAUUCUCUUAUCCCAUGGAAAUGUCAGAUUCUGGUCUAACACCUAGCCAAUUGGUGCUUCAGCAAGCUAAACAGAGUAGUCUUGAUGAAUCUUGUGAUUACGUGAGCACGGAAGCACCUGAUCUAGUUGCUGUGAAAAAUGCUCUUGCUGAAGCUGCAAACGAUCUUGGUCUUUCGCAUCAUCUCACAUUUCUUUCUCCUGUUGAUCCCAAACCCAUCGAUCUGCGUAGUUCGCAACACUUCGAAACCAUUGAAGAGAGCACGUCAUUGAAAUCGUCUCCUUGCUCAUCGAGAAGUUCUAUAAGUGCGCAUGACGCUACCACGGACGAGACGGAUAGUGAGAGGAGACGACAUGUUACCGGCGAUGCUGGACACCCGCGUUCAAACACGGGUGAAGACAGCUCGUCAUCGUACGUUCCUCUAUGUCCUACUCGAACGGACCGUUCUGCAUCAAAUCCAGUCUCCGAAAUGACCGAACUUCACCCACAGACGUCAGUUAUUGGUUUGCCGAAAAGGAGUUCGGUGCCGACUCUGAAAAGUCAUGAUCCUGAUGAUUCCGGUGUUGGAUUGAACUAUGCUUUCGUACAGGAUUCUGAUCCCCAAACAACCACGUUGCUUUCUGAUCCCAUAAAUGUUUCGUCGAGUCGUUCACGCUCAAAAUCCGGAAUUAUAUUCACACAAAAUUUUGAUGGCACAAAAUCGGCUCUCGAUUAUGCAUCAAUUAAACCGCUCUGA